AUGCUCUCCUCGGUAAAACAUGGCUUUACUGAAAACAAAGGCCAGAUCCGGGACCAGGCUGGUCAUCCGGCUGCCAACAUCCGGUACCUGUUGCAAAUGAACGGACUGAACGUGCAGCUGCGGAAAGGCGGGUUUAGCUAUGAUGCUUAUGUGAAGAAUAAACAAGGCGAAACGCAGGUGAUGCAAUUCCACCGCGUGGAUAUUGACCUGGUGGGCGCCGACCUUAAUGCAGCGCUGAUCAGCAGUGAUCAGGUGCCGGGCAGUACCAUGAAUGUAAUAGGAGAUAAUGGCGGUUACCAGGUAAAUGAAUUCGGAAAGGUUACUUACAGGGAUAUUUACCCCGGUAUUGAUCUGGAGUUUAUCGCCCGCGCCACCGAAGACAAGCCGGUGGAAUAUAAUUUUAUUGUGCACCCUGGAGCAGAUGCGUCGCGCAUCCGCAUGAAGUACCACAAUGGCAGUGAUAUCGCCCUGGUAAAUGGGCAGAUAGAAAUGAAGCUGGCCUUUGGCAUUGCAGUAGAUAAGGCAAAUAGCCGGAUUUAUGUGGUGGGUCAUACACAGGAUGAUAUAGGCAUUGCAACAUCAGGUGCAUUCCAGGAAACGCGCAAUGGCUUUCUAACCGAAGGUUUUCUCGUUCAGUUGAAUAUGAAUGGUGAGCGCACCUGGGGAACUUAUUUAUCGACUACAUAUACAGGGCAAAUGGUAGCAGAAGAUGUUAAAACAGACGCGCUGGGAAAUGCUUAUGUAUUGGGCUAUGUUUCCCCGACUUCAGCUACCUACAGUGGCAAUGCCACAGAAUGUAGUUUUAAAUCUGUGACUGGUUCUGCAUCUGCGGAUAUAUUUAUUAAUAAAUUCAAUGCUGGGGGGGCGCGUGUCUGGGGUACUCUUUACGGUAGCCUCGGUAGUGAAGACGUAAGUUCUACCCGGACUAUUGCAAGCUACCAUACUACUUUUGCUGUAGAUGCAAAGGGUAAUGUAUAUGCCGGGGCAAGAACACUUGAAAUUGGCUCUACAAUGUCAACAGCCGGUUCAUUUCAACCUGUCAAUAAGGGAGGCAAUGAGGGGAUUUUAGUGAAAUUCACCGAAGGCUAUCUACCAACAGAUUUCAAAGUGGCGGCCAGUACUAUUGCGCCACUUACGCAAAAUGCCUGUGCACUGGGUGUACCACAAACCAUUAUAGGCAACAGCAUUAAUGGCACUAACCCACCCGAAUUCAGUACAGGCAUUUUCUACCAAUGGCAAACGGCAGCCAGCGCUACCGGCCCAUGGACAGAUCUCACAGGCGAGGUAUUUAAAGACCUUACACCGCCCACCGGCUCCAGCAAUGCUUACUUCAGGCGACUUGUAAAAGCGAAUAAUGGCUAUUGCGAUCUGGCGACUGUGGAUUCCUCUGCUGCCGCAUUGGUAAACAUUACUGGCAAUGUAGCCCCUACGGCCAAUGCCAACGGGCCGCAAUGGUUUUUAUGUUCCGGUAAUACCGUUACUUUAAAUGGCAGUGCAACGGCUGUUUCGCCGGCUACAAUUUCCAGCUAUCAAUGGUUUGCCGGUAAUGCCACUACUGCAAGUGCCGCUACGGCAACCUAUGUCACCAGUGCCAUAACAGCCGCCACUACCUAUACCUUAAAGGUAACGGACAAUAAUGGCUGUGUAGCACUGGACCAGGUGAAUGUAAUACCGGUAACCGCCGAUGCAGGGGCAGACGCCAAUUUCUGCCAGGGUAGUACGGGGGUUAUGAUCGGGUCUACACCGGUAUCCAGCAAUAGGCAAUGCGUCACAGGGUCUGGCUGCGGCUUGAUUGAUAUUGCCGUUUUGUCUGCACAACAAUGCCCGAAAGUAUUCGCGAAUACACCGUUAUUGCUUGGCGUUAAAAACAUUGCUACAGCGGAUUAUAAUUUUAGCUGGUCGCCGGCCAAUAUGGUUGAUAAUCCUACAGCAGCCACCGUCAAUGUUACCAGCACUGCACAAGGGACGAUCACCGUGGUAGUCACCAAUAAGUAUGACCCAAGCAUUACCUGCACCGACAAUAUCGUGGUUAACCCCGCUGCAUGGUCAUUACCGGUUGUGAAUGUGAGUGAUAAAAACACUUGCCCGGGUACGCCAGUGAGCAUAGGCACCACAAAUGUCGCUGGUUACAAUUAUGUAUGGUCGCCUGCUACCGGGUUGAAUAAUGUGAAUGCCAGCAACCCGACAGCUACAUUAAGCUCUUCUGCGGGCGCUUCCCAGACCUUUACGGUUACCGUUAGCGACCCGGUCAGCGGUUGCACACUUGUUGAUAACGUCACACUUUCCGGCACAGUGGCCGCAGGAAGUUAUGCCGGUCCUGCAGCCGGACCGUCCUGCGCGGGCAUACCUGCGCAACUGGGUGUUGCCAGUGCGCCCGGGGCAAGCUAUCUAUGGACACCAGCUACAGGGCUGAGCGCUACCAAUGUUUCCAACCCCAUAGCCACACCGUCAACCACCACCACUUAUACCGUUGCGGUUAGCUAUCCGGGCUGUAAUACAGCUUUAACAGAUCAGGUCACCGUAAGUGUAUUGCCUGUUACGACGUUUGAUUUUACGGAUAAAACGAUCUGCCCGGGCACGCCUGUUAAUAUAGGCGUCGGCGGAACCGGCAACCCGGCAUCCAUUGCCAAUGCCGCCAGCUAUAGCUGGACGCCUGCUACCGGCCUGAGCUGCACCAAUUGCGCCAGUCCAAACGCAAGUCCGCAAACACUUACCACCUAUACCUGCACUGUGACGUUUGCAAACGGCUGUAAAGCCCAGGACAAUGUGACCGUAACACCCACUUUUGCGGCCAGUGCAAAACCUGAUGCGGUGAUCUGUUCGGGCGGCUCGGUGGUAUUAGGCCAGGCGGCUGUUGCGAAUGUGACUUACUCCUGGACACCUGCUACCGGCCUGAGUUCAGCGACUGUAGCACAGCCUACUGCAAGCCCGUCCGCCACUACUGAUUACACACUCACGGCUACAGGUACCGGCGUGAAUGCAGGAUGUGUCAUAACAGAUGCAGUGCGUGUAACCGUUAAUGUGCCGACGCCUUUUACAAUAACCGGGAACGCAUCUCUAUGUGCCGGAGGAAAUACAACCAUUGGUUUUACCCCUGCGAACGCAAAUAUGCUCUACCAGUGGUCGCCGCUGACAGGAGUGGCCAGUCCUAACCAAUCCAGUACAAUGGUGACACCUGCAGGUACGCAGGUAUAUCGCCUCGUACAAACAGACCUAGCAACCGGCUGCAGCAAUUAUCAGCAGAUAAAGGUGACCGUAUUACCCAAUACGAUUACCGCCAACGCAGAUACAACAAAGACUUGUGUGAAUAACGGGGUGGCGCUGCCAUUGGCAGUUACUUCAGCAGGUACUUAUACCUAUAGCUGGUUACCGGCGUCCUUCCUCUCGGAUCCCUUUGCGAAAAACCCGACGACCUACGCCAGUAACACAACUACCUAUACGGCUACGAUCACUGAUAAUACCAGCAACUGCCAGUUACUUGUAAAUGCGCCACUGGUAACAGAUGUUUGCUUUAUGGCAGUAAGUGGCAAUGUUUUCCAUGAUGCCAAUGGACAAAGUGAUAAUACUGUAAAUUCAACUGCUGCAACCGGCAAUCUUCCUACUGGAAUGUACGUUUCACUGGUAGAUGCAUCUAACAAGAUUAUUGCAACGGUAGCUGUGCAGCCGGAUGGUACUUAUAAGUUUGAAAACGUGCCGCAGGGUACCUAUAGUCUCGUGUUGACCAACGACCCUGCGGGGGCGGUAACCCCGGUAACCCCGGCAGGCUGGCAUAGUACCGGUGCUCAUCUUGGUACCGGACCCGGCACCAGUGGUAAUGGCGGCACCUUACCCAAUAUAACCGUAGGGACGGAAGACGUGACCAAUGCUAAUAUCGCGAUACAACAACCACCGGUUGCCGAUCCGAAAACACAUAUAAUUGCAACACCUGUAGGCAAGAGCAGCCUGCCACUCACUGGUACCGGCGCCGUCAAUGCUCCCGGCCCGUUAAGUGGUACAGACCCGGAAGAUGGCAUCAAAGGCAGUGGUGCAACCUUUACUAUAACUGAUCUUAGUAAAAUGAACGUUGGCGGCCUGCUUUAUCAGGGAACCAUUGCUGAAGGUGUCACAUCACAGAAGCUCACACUGAAUAGCCUGGCCGCGGGAGUAUACGUGGUCUAUAUACAGGGAGCAGAUAUUAAUGAACAGGUAAGAUUGUUGCUGAACUAA